ACGUUCCCUCUGGUGUUCCAAUUCCUUACAGAUGGUUUCAUGAAAGCAGUAGAAAGAGAUUCAGCGGAGAGGGCACAGAGAAGGAAGGAAGCAAAGGAGAGGGCGACCGAAUGGAAGGAUAGAGGGAACGUUGAAUUCAAGGGAGGCAACUACGAGAAAGCCAUAGAGCAUUACACAGAGGGUCUUACCCAUCUCAAAGACUUUGGUGUGCUUUAUACCAACAGAGCCCAGGCAUACAACAAGAUGGGUUGCUAUGAAGAGGCGAUCGCUGACUGUGAUCUGAUCUUGAGGCUUGAACCUCAGAAUGCCAAGGCACACAUACACAGAGGAAAGGCUUUACUUGGACAACUGAAAUACGAUGAGGCUGAGGAGAGCUACAAAGAGAUACUCAAGUAUGACCAAAAACAACAGAAAAUGGUAGACAAGUACGUCCUUGAAGCCCAACAAGCGAGGGCAGCAGCCGAGGCUGAGGAGGGUGCUCAAAGGACUCUAGAGAGCGGUGACAUGCAUUCUCAGACCAUGACGGACGUCUUAUCAAAGCUUUGGAGGCCCAACCAGAAUCUGAUGUACUACGCUGGAGGAAUGAGGGUACUCAAAGAAAUGAUACAGGAUGACACCGCAAGGACACUGUUUAGAACAGGCAAGGGGUUUGAUUUAUUGACUGAGGCCCACAUCAAAAGGUGUUUGUCCAAAGUCAUUGAAGGGAAGAAGAAAGUGGAGGCAGUUGAGAUCACCCAUUCUCUUUUGGACUUACUUAUUCAGGUUGUCAUCCAGAAUGAUGAAAACAGUCGAGCUGUGGUAGAAUCUGAAGACUUUGCUACAACGUUCCUGGGUAUCCUUGGUUCAGGUAACCCUGACAUAUCAAGGCUAUGUGUAGCUCUCCUCCUAAGGCUCACAGAGAGUUCUGUAUCCAGGCAAUGCAUCAUCACUACAUUUGAUAAUGCUUGCCUGCUAGUUGGCUUGUUAGCCUAUGUGCAGACCUCACAGACAGGAUCAGUAGAAGCUGCAAAGGUAUUGAAUAACCUAGCACUGGAGAGCAAAUUCAGCUCUCAAUUCAGGAAUAAGGUGACUGAUCAGGUUCUCCCAGCAUUUGAACAGUUUUUGACGCACAGCAUCACGUCAAAGAAAAGUGAUGUCUUCCCAUCAUGCAUCUCCUUCAUGGGGAACAUGGCGCAUGACCCGGUCAUCAGGAAGGAGAUCGCUAGCAGGAAGGAAUUCUGGGAAGCCUCUAUCAAAGUUCUGAAAUUCCAUACCAAGCAUCUAGACAGGUCAAGCAGCAGAGAGAUGGUCUACACCACUCUCGGUCUCCUCAUGAAUAUCACCAUGGAAACCAGCCAAGCUUUCAAGGACCAAUCAGAGGCUCUAAGCAAGGAGCUGCUUCCAUUGGUGAAGAGCAAUGACAAGGAACUCAAAGAGAGAGCAGCUGGAUUGCUGGGCAGGGCAUUACCUCAUUCUACAGAAGCAGUUCAGGGGGCGUGUGAGGCAAAGAUACCCACCAUUCUACAUCAAGCUCUGAAGGAUAGCUCAGAUCUGUCUAUGGAAGCCAAGUCUACAUUCAGUAGAUGUCUGGUCGUGUUCACACAAGUCAGUGAAGACGCCAGGAAUCAGAUCACUCAAGCUGAUCCAGAUCUUGGAUGCUUCCUCUCUCUCCUGACAUCCACCAGCGAUACAGUGGUAGCCAACGUUGCUCUCUCAAUCGGUCAUUGUGUCCAGGUUGAAGGGCUCAGUGAGAGGUUAGCAGACACUGACGUGGUCAAGACAUUACUGGCCAAGACGGAUACGAACAACGAAACCAUUAAGCAGAAUUGUGCUAUUACCCUGGCCAAAUUGGCAACGUCAAACCAAAGACACUUAGAGAGACUGCGUGAUCUUGGUGGCAUUGGGAUUCUUCACACCUGCUCUAAGUAUGCUCUGAGGUAGCCAUAUGGAAUCGCCAGGGCUGUCUUUAUCAAACCAAAGUUUAGAAUUAGCCCUCUAUUUUGGGUUUUUUCUGGUCCAGAGAUCUAGCCCAGUCAGGAAAUAGCCAGCUAAAUCCCUAACGAAGAUACAAAUAGCUGGCUAUUUCACCUUGGAAAUAGCCAGAUCAAUCUUUUUUGCGAAAGAGCCAGCUAAUUUUAGGCUAAUAAUUCUGGGCGCGUCUUCAGUCAAGGUGAUGACGGAGCUGACUUAUCGAUCCCGUCAUGCAAUGUGUCACACGCACAAUUUACUUGACUUUUUACGAAUACGUCAACAUCGGGCUGAAUAAUAAUGAAGCUCCAGCUAGUUCUGUUUUCCGUACUCGGGUCUGAUGAAGACGCCUUUUCAAAUAUCGGGGUAAUUCCCCGGAUUAAAAAGUAGAGGGCUAUUUUGCAAUUUACUUCAAGCAGAAAGAAUACCAUUUGUUUUGCUUUUCUGAAAGCUUGUGUGUAUUAAAAUAGAUAUGAAAUAUACUGCAUUCCACAUUUUGCUUCAGUGGCGAUCUUCAGAAUGUUUACAGUUAAAGCUAUGUAGUGUGACAAUUUUGUUUGUGAGAUUUAAGAAAAGAAACAGUUAUAAUGUUUAUAUAAAAAGAGGGCAUCACACAGCCUCACUGGUAAUAAAAUACUCUCAUACACCUCUCA